GUUCUCGCGCUCCCACAUGAAACCUGCCGAAUUGACUUCUCACAAGGAGUGCCACAUGGAUCUGAACUCUGUACGCUAUUCUGCGAUGUCAAAUUAAAGACUGUGUGGCAUCACAUAGCUCCAAUGCCAUUAUUAAGUUUGCUGAUGAUACGACGGUGGUAGGUCUGAUCACUGACAAUGAUGAAACAGCCACACUGGUGUCAGGAGCACAACCUCUCCCUCAACGUCAGUAAGACAAAGGAGCUUGUGGUGGACUUCAGGAGAAGACAUAGAGAACACAGUCCCAUCACCAUCAAUGGAGCACCAGUGGAGAGAGUCAGCAGCUUCAAGUUCCUGGGUGUCCACAUCACUGAGGAACUCACAUGGUCCAUCCACACUGAAGCUGUUGUGAAGAAGGCUCAUCAGCGCCUCUUCUUCCUGAGACGGCUGAGGAAGUUUGGAAUGAACCGCCACAUCCUCACACGGUUCUACACCUGCACUGUAGAGAGCAUCCUGACUGGCUGCAUCACCGCCUGGUAUGACAACAGCUUCGCCCUCAACCGCAAAGCCCUGCAAAGGGUGGUGCGAACUGCCAGACACAUCAUCGGAGGUGAGCUUCCCUCCCUGCAGGAAAUAUAUACCAGGCGGUGUGUGAAAAAAGCUCGGAGGAUCAUCAGAGACUCCAGCCACCCGAGCCAUGGGCUGUUCUCACUGCUACCAUCAGGCAGGCGGUAUCGCAGCAUCAGGACCCGCACCAGCCGACUUUAUGAUAGCUUCUUCCCCCAAGCAAUCAGACUUUUGAACUCUUGAUCUCCCACGAUCAAAUACAUCAGCACUGCACUUUAUUACUCUUACUCUUAUAUCUCACACCGGACUGUCAUAAAUUAUAUUAUUAUUAUAUUAUAUUCUCUUUUAACAACUUACUUUCAACCGACAGCCUGAAUGUCAAUACAGUACAAUACAACCUACUGUACAUUUUAUAUAUACUAUAUAUACUUUUUUUAUUGUAUAAUGUGUAUUCUAUAUUGUGUGUAUUGUGUACUGUACAGUGUAUGUUAUUAUUUGUAUAUUGUUGUGUGUAAUUAUGUGUAUAUUAGAUUUUAAACUGUGUUGUAAAUCUGAUGUUUAUUGUAAAUUGGUACUGUCUCAUCACUGUCACAACUGCUAUGUUGCUCGGAACUGCACCCAAGAAUUUCACACACUAUUGCACUUGUGUAUAUGGUUGUGUGACAAUAAAAGUGAUUUGAUUUGAUUUGAUUUGAUAAAAAAUGUGCAUGUGGAUAUUUUUAUAAACAUUCAAGGAUGCUCUGUGUGAGUUUCUUUUUUCUUUUCUUUUUUUAAA